AUGAGGACUGACCUGAAACAUCGCGACAAACGCAAAUAUUGCCGCUUUUAUCGGGAUCGCAGUCAUAACACAGCCGAUUGCGUGAACCUCAAGGACGAGAUCGAGACCCUUAUUCGUAAGGGUCAUCUACACCGUUAUAUUAAGGGAGAAAGAACCACUCAGAAAGAGGAGCGAGAGCGAGAACAGCUGAAUAACACCAUGGAAGAGCCGACCGAAAUCCGCACCAUCUUCGGGGGCUUAUCCGGAGGAGGAGAUUCGAACCGUGCCCGAAAAGCCCACUCUCGGAAGUCCGAUCCAGAGCAUUAUGUCCACUUGACCGAGCGGCCCAGCAAGGAACUCCGAGUCAGCCCGUGUAAUUUAACCUUCACGGAAGAGGAUGCACAUGGAAUCCAACACCCACACAAUGACGCUCUGGUAGUUACUAUGACCAUAGCGAAUCGUAAGGUGUACUGUAUCUUGGUCAACACCGGGAGCUCAGCCGACGUAAUUUAUUCCGAAGCCUUUGAAAGAAUAGGGAUUCUGAGGUCUCAUUUUAGACCCGUGAAGACCCCUCUACACGGCUUUGCCGGGGAAAGAGUAAUCUCCGAAGGAGUCAUCUCCCUCCCCGUGACUGUGGAGGAAGGACAGCAUCAAGUCACACUUAUGGUGGACUUCCUUGUUGUCAAUGUGUCAUCCGUAUAUAACGUUAUCCUGAGUAGGCCUUCCCUCAAUGCAAUGAGAGUAGUCGUCUCCACAUAUCAUCUGAUGAUGAAAUUCCUCGCCGAGGGCGGGAUAGGCUAUCUCUGA